AUGAUGGUAACCCUACCUCCUCCUCAUGACCACGUGGUAAUAACCAUUCGUGUGAAUCCACGUGGCGAGGAGAAUGAGGACAGCAGCAAGACAGCAUCAGCAACCGAAGCACCACCAGGCGAAACGUCUACCAAAACCAGGAGACGAACGGCUGAUAUUGAAGCAUCCUGGCAAUGGACGGCCCUACUUCACACUCGUGCCAUCAUGCCUCUAUUCAGGAAUGAGGUGCUGUGUGUGCAUGCAAAGGUGCAGCAGUGGGCGGUGGGGCGCAUGGGGGAGGGGAAGAAGGCGGCAGCAGCGAGGCACAGAGCACAGGGAGCAGAGGAGGAGUACCAGCGCCUGAGAGAGUGCUGUCGACUCCUGGGGGACCUAGUAAGCGGCACCGGCAUGCACGCAUGUCUGCAGCGAAUGGCAGAUUCGCACAGGAGGAGGCGCUUUCUGCUGGGCUAUGAGGGCAGGUGCUUGCUGCUGAGGCUGGCGGACAAGCCAUCUUUGCUGCUGCCCAUGCUGCUUUUGCUGCUGGCUGUUCUCGUUCUGCUGCGAGCUGAGGUGCACUGGCCCAUUCUGCACACCUCCUGCCUCGCCCAGACCGCCUCCGUCACGAGACCAGAAGCAGACUCGGUGGCAAUGCUUAUCGACACCAUCAUGCCAGUGGAGCAUGCUGACGCUGCGGUUGAUGCUGCGGUUGAUGCUGCCAUCAACUACAUGAAGCAGCUCGGCUUCGUGAAUGACAAGGAGUACGCGGAGGCGUUCGCCCGAGGGAUGUUCAAGCAGCUGGCAUGGGGUCCAGCUCGCCUCGGAAUGCCAUCUCUGCAUCUUUCGUGCAUGGAUCAGAGCAAAACAGGGAGGAGAAUCUUCGAAGAGUCUUUAAACGAAUACCUCUACAAAACGGGGGUUAGGAGCAUGCUGGAGAGAAUAUCAAAGGACAAUCUCGUUCUUCUGCUCCUGGAUGCGAUCGUGGUACCGGGCGCCCUUAUACCCUUUAUCGCACGCGCAACCCCAAUGGGCAACACGGCGGAGCAGCAGGCGGCGUUUGCGGCGUUCGACUUCGCGGGGAGCGCGGCGUGGCGGGACUAUUUCAACAACCUCACAAUUCCGCCCGAUCGAGCCAACGACCCCGCCGUCCUCCGCCGCUACAGACAAAAGUUCUUCCGCCAGUGCGUCGACCCCGACUUCCAAGUGGAUCCCCUGCAGCCCGCCGCUUCCCCCGCCUCCGCCAUUCCCCCCGCCUCGUCCGCCUAUGCCGCGCCCUCCUCCGCAUCCACUGCGCCACGACCCUCAGCCGCGGGCCGAGCCUCAGCAGCAGGCACGGCGGCCAGUGGGGCCACAGGGGGAACUGGCAGCAGCAGCAGAACCGGCGGUACCACCGGCGGAAACGCGGGGGGUAACGCGCGCAUGGGUCUGCAGACGUACACGUUCGUGGCGCACGCGUGGGUGGUAACGAUGGCGCUGGUCGCGCUCUUCCCCCUGUGCCCGCGCGCGCUGCUCGUGCGCGCGUUCCGCCUCGCCCUCUUCGGCGGGCUCGUCGCGUCCGCCCUCUCCAUCCUGCAGCGCCACGGCCCCCCCGCCGCGCUCUCCCUCCCCGCGCUCAAAUCCUGGCUGCAAACCCUCCUAACCGGACCCCACCUCCUCACACUCAUGCACUGCUCCGUCUUCCUCCCGUCUCCGCACCCCAUCGCGCUCGCCCUUCUCCCCCUCGCCGCGCGCUCCCUCCUCCCGCUCACCACGCACCUCCAACAGAACUUCAGCCAAGCAAGCCUCUACCGAUCAUACCUCGCAAAACCCUGCGAGUGGGUAGCCGCAAACCGGCAACAAGUAGAGCUCUUCACAGCAAACACAGAGGUCAUGCUAGGGCCGUUACUCGCCUUCUACCUGUUGACUCCGCAGCGCAGUUUCUUUCAGGUGUUUCUGUACUGGCAGCUGCUCAAGAUGCGGUUUCACGCGCCAGCAUCAGCGUGGUAUCACCGGCAGAUCUGGGGGCAUUUGGAGACCACUGUGCUGCCGCACGUGCAGCGGUAUGUGCCGGUGCUGAUGACGCCCAUCGGUUAUGUGCAGCGGUGGUUCCAGAAUCUGGGGGCAUCUGGAGACGAUUGUGCUGCCGCACGUGCAGCGGUAUGUGCCGGUGCUGCUGACGCCCAUUGGGUAUGUGCAGCGGUGAUUUCAGAGUAUGGGCAGGGUUGA